AUGUUAUUACGAGGGAAAAAUUAUGGAAAUGAUACAAUCGAUGUGUUGAACAAAAGUUGUUUUUCUCAGUAUGAUAUUUUAGCUUGCUCAAGAUCAGUUAUAUUAAGUGCGGCAGCAGGCAUAACAAUUGUUUUCAUAGUCUUUAAAAUAUACAAAUAUCACAUAUUUAAGCACAAACAAAUACAGCAUUAUGCAAUAUUUUAUAUCACUGCUGCAGAAAUGCUUGUAUGCAUUGCAAGUUUCAUAACUGGUCACAUAUAUCCUCAAGUUAAAUUCUCUGCAAAUUUUUUGAAAUUAUUGACAUUUAGCAUUAUUUGUCAUCUUCAUUGGUCUUCAUCGGCUAGGGCUUACAACAGAGAAGAUUUAAUUCAGCAUGCUAUAAAUCCAGGACUAUGUUUAUAUAUGAUAUAUUGCACAGCUGUAGCUCUGAUGGGCAUGGUUGAUGUUGGUAUAACAUGGAACGAGUGUAUCAAGCCGUAUUGGUUAAUGUUGUCAAUAGCAGAUUUCGUUGCUGUUCAAUGUUUUGCACUUGCCGCAGUAUAUAUUACUGUCAAAACAAAUUGUUUGCCAACAUUGGCUUCCAUCAAAAGUGCUCAAAGAAGAGAUUUAAUGACUGUUGUAAUUGCUUUCGAAUUGUCUGCAAUUUUUUCAUUUUCAUUCGAUGCUUUAAUGAGAUUUGGAACUGAAGAAACAGGUUGCAGUGCUAUUUUCGGUCAUUCACAAUUUUUUUAUUCCGCCACAGAACUAAUUUUCAAUGUAGGAAAAUAUCUGCUACCUGUGUGGGCUAUUUUAGUAGUGUUUCAACCUGUCGAAAAUAGUACUUCAGCCUCUGAUAUAACAAUUUCUGGAGGUUAUAAUUUGGAUGGAGCUUCAAACACAAGCAGAUCAUCAAUCAGAGGAUUUCAUCAAUAUCAAAGAAUGUGCGUACCUUCCACUACUACUUUAACGUCUGAUGAUUCAUCUCGAAACCAUUGCAUGUAUCCAUCUCUGUUAAACUCUCCUCAAUCACCCUCAAAUUUUAAUUCUUCUCCUCCACCUUUGACUAAUAAUACUGACGUGAUUGGAUAUACAAAUCGCAUCACGUUGAAUUGCAAUCCUCGCGAAGAUGGAAAGUAUUUUGGGAAAUUUCAACACCACAACUUGACAACUAUUUCAGAAGAAUCAAAUAUAAAUGCUGUCGAUAAUUUAGAAAGACUUUCAAUUAGGAGUGAGAAAAGUGCAAGUUCUUAUUAUUGA